GUUUCAUGUAUAAAUCUGCUACUCUAUUAAAACAACUUGUAGCUAAUGCUAGUCUUGGUUUUGUGUAUUUUGGAUACUCUGUUGGUUAUUUGAAUCCUGCACUUUAAACUGUUGAUCUAGUUUUUGGAAUCACCGAAAAUGUUGAUUAUUAUAAUGGUCUAUUGUCUGGUAUUUUAUAUUCUUAAUUAGCUAUACUGACUAUUGGAGCUGCAGUUGGAGUUUUAAUAAUGCCUAACUUGUUAUAAUAUUUUAGUAGGAGGUAAUCACUGAUUAUUUUGGAUUGUUUUGGAAUUUUAGGAUAUGGAGUGUAACUAGUAGGAGUUUGGAAAUUUUUAGUAAUUGGAAGAUUUAUAGCUGGAGUAGUACUUGGCCUAAAUUCAGCAUUGGUAAAGAAAAUUAAAUAAUUUUAUUAAGGUUCCCGUUUAUGUUAACGAGUUUAGUCCUUCAGAACUCUAAGGAGUAUUGGGUUCUAUUAUGACUAUGUCUGGUAGCUUUGGAUUAUUUAUAUCUUUCACUAUUGGUUUAUGGUAUAUUAGAUAUUAAAAUUAUAUAGGUAUAAAUAAACUCCAACUUUAGAUGAUUAGUUUUGGAGAGUUGGUUUUGCUUUUCCUUUACUAAUUUGUGCCUAUCGUACUUACAAUCUAAUAAAAUACUUUAAUUUAGAUUCUCCUGAUUAUUAUAUGAGUAAAAAUGAUGAAACAAAUGCUAUAGAAUCUAUUAAGUUUAUAUAUUAAGAAUAAUACAUUUCAGAUAUAUUAAAAUAAACUAAAUAAAAUAAAAAGUAUAGAUAUAAUUAUAUUUAUAGAUAAAAUGCAAGCUCAACAGAAUCAUACAAAGAUUUAUUUUAAGGAAGAUUAUUUAGGAAUUUAAUUAGAAUAUCUUUAUUAGCAUGUAUUGGACAACUAUUAGGAAUUAAUGCAGUUAUAUUUUACUCAACAUAGAUAUUUAACAAGAUUACAAAUAAUGAUGUUUAAAAAUCUAAUAUACUGAAUCUUUUUAUUCCUUUAUUAGGAAUUCUUGGAGCAUAUUUAAUGGGCUUUGUGUUAAAUAAAAUGUCAAGAAAAAACUUUUUUUCGCUUGGAGCUCUAGCUUGUGUAUUAGUAGAAUUUCCACUGGGAUAUAUGACCUCAUUAUAAGAAUAACCAGCCAUUCUUAUAGUUUUAUUCAUAUUUCUUUUUAUAUUGCUUUUUUGUAUUACAAUAGGACCAGCAUUUUGGGUAAAUAUCUAAUUCUAAAUUAGGUUGUUUUACCAGAAAUGGUAUCCCCAAAAGGUGUUUGUUUAGCAACUAGUGUUAACUGGGUGGCAACAGCUAUUGUUGGUUAAUUUUUCCCUAUUCUUGUUUCCUCUUUUAGCAUAUCAGCUUGUUUUUACAUUUUUUCAUUUUCAGGUAUUUUAGGAGUUAUUUAUUUAUAAUAUGACUUUAAUACAGAUUCAAAAAAUGCUGAUACAUAAUAAAGCACAGAACUAAUAAUUUUAAAUUAAUGA